GCCGUGUUAUUAUCAUUGACGCGACGAUACUCGAGCCUACAGCGGCGCAAAGCCGCUCCCGUGUGUGUUGCUUCAUUUACCUAUCGGAAUCGCAUCAAGUACAUGCCAGAACGUGCCUGGGCAACGCCUGCAGAAACGCGAGCAAAAGGGUCUUCCCUUCCUUUGAGCACUAUGACGAUAUGGAUAAUCCGAGGGUGCUCCAAAACUUUCGCGGCUCGUGCAUUUCGAGAAAAUGCGCCGCGAAAUUCCCGCGGGUGCGAUUCGUUGCACGGAAACGGCGACCGACGCUGUUGGCAUGCGGGUACAGUCCGUCGCGAAAAUAGACGGUUUAACCAAACGUGGCUCUUCGGGGAUUGGAAAGCGCUUCCAAGAGGGCGUCAGAAGCAUUCGAGGGCUUUCAAUUACGGUAAAAUGCACGGCGCGGGACGGUUUCACGGGGAACAGUGCAAAUUGGAUUGCGCCGUACAUAAGUAUUCAACAAAUGAAAAUUGAUUCUGACGCGUUGCCAUUAAUAACCGCGAGGCGCAUUGCGACCGUCAUUUAAUGAAUGCAAGAACGCCGAAACCGGCGGAGUACUGUAGUGUAUUUGUCAUAUUAGAGAAGUCAGGAUAGACACCGCCCGUUAAAAGCACUUUACUGUUUCGCUAAUUCCAUUUAUUAAUACAAUAAUAUGGUUUGGCCACUAUUUAAAUUCGGUCCAACGAGACACGGCCGCCGCCGAUUCCUCCAUCAACCGAAUUUCCACGAUACCCGUUUUAAUCCUGUUUUUCAAAGUAAACAUCAAUACCCAAAGUGCUUUCAUAACGUUUACGCGUUUAUCAGGCGCGGAUACAUAUGAUCGAUCCGAUAGAUUGAAUAAUGCCUCCGAUAUAACGCUGUACGAUUAACCGCCGCGCGUGUACGGCAUUUGUAUCUUGUUUAACUAAUCUGAUACGCAUAACGCGAAAAUAUGUGGCAGGAAUGCGAUUUUUCAU